AUGGAGCAAACAGACUGCAAACCUUACCAGCCUCUGUCAAAAGUCAAGCAUGAAAUGGAUCUAGCUUAUACCAGUUCUUCCGAUGAGAGUGAAGAUGGAAGAAAACCAAGACAGUCAUACAACUCCAGGGAGACUCUGCAUGAGUAUAACCAAGAGCUGAGGAUGAAUUACAAUAGCCAGAGUAGAAAGAGGAAAGAAGUAGAGAAAUCUACUCAAGAAAUGGAAUUCUGUGAAACCUCUCACACUCUGUGCUCUGGCUACCAGACGGACAUGCACAGCAUCUCUCAGCACGGCUACCAGUUGGAGAUGGGAUCUGAUGUGGACACAGAGACAGAAGGUGCUGCCUCACCUGACCAUGCACUGAGAAUGUGGAUAAGGGGAAUGAAAUCAGAACAUAGUUCCUGUUUGUCCAGCCGGGCCAACUCUGCAUUGUCCUUGACCGACACUGACCAUGAAAGAAAGUCUGAUGGGGAAAAUGGUUUUAAAUUCUCUCCUGUUUGUUGUGACAUGGAGGCUCAAGCUGGGUCUACUCAAGAUGUGCAGAGCAGCCCACACAACCAGUUCACCUUCAGACCCCUCCCGCCGCCACCACCGCCUCCGCAUGCCUGCACCUGUGCCAGGAAGCCACCCCCUGCAGCGGAUUCUCUUCAGAGGAGAUCAAUGACUACCCGCAGCCAGCCCAGCCCAGCUGCUCCAGCUCCCCCAACCAGUACACAGGAUUCCAUUCAUCUGCAUAACAGCUGGGUUUUGAAUAGCAAUAUACCAUUGGAGACCAGGCAUUUCCUGUUCAAACAUGGAUCUGGUUCCUCUGCUAUCUUCAGUGCAGCCAGUCAGAACUACCCUCUGACGUCCAAUACCGUGUACUCGCCCCCUCCCAGGCCACUUCCUCGAAGCACCUUUUCCCGACCUGCCUUUACCUUUAACAAACCUUACAGGUGCUGCAAUUGGAAGUGCACGGCCUUGAGCGCCACUGCAAUCACGGUGACUUUGGCCUUGCUACUAGCCUAUGUGAUUGCAGUACAUUUGUUCGGCCUGACUUGGCAGUUGCAACCAGUUGAAGGAGAGCUCUAUGCAAAUGGAGUUAGCAAAGGGAACAGAGGGACCGAGUCCAUGGAUACUACUUACUCUCCAAUUGGAGGAAAAGUUUCCGAUAAAUCAGAGAAAAAAGUGUUUCAGAAGGGACGGGCAAUAGACACGGGAGAAGUUGACAUUGGCGCACAGGUCAUGCAGACCAUUCCACCUGGCUUAUUCUGGCGUUUCCAGAUUACUAUCCACCAUCCAAUAUAUCUGAAAUUCAAUAUUUCUUUAGCCAAGGACUCUCUGCUGGGAAUUUAUGGCAGAAGAAACAUUCCACCUACACAUACUCAGUUUGAUUUUGUAAAACUAAUGGAUGGCAAACAACUGGUCAAGCACGACUCCAAGGGCUCUGAAGAUAGCCAGCACUCCCCUCGUAACCUGAUCUUAACCUCACUUCAGGAGACAGGUUUCAUAGAGUAUAUGGAUCAAGGGCCUUGGUAUUUAGCAUUUUACAAUGACGGAAAAAAGAUGGAGCAAGUAUUCGUGUUAACUACAGCAAUUGAAAUAAUGGAUGACUGUUCAACCAAUUGCAAUGGAAAUGGAGAGUGUAUCUCUGGCCAUUGUCAUUGUUUCCCAGGAUUCCUUGGACCUGACUGUGCUAGAGAUUCGUGCCCUGUGCUGUGUGGCGGAAAUGGAGAAUAUGAGAAAGGACACUGUGUCUGCCGGAAUGGCUGGAAGGGGCCAGAGUGCGAUGUUCCAGAAGAACAAUGUAUUGACCCUACGUGCUUUGGUCACGGCACCUGCAUCAUGGGAGUCUGCAUCUGUGUGCCAGGAUACAAAGGAGAAAUAUGCGAGGAAGAGGACUGCUUAGACCCAAUGUGUUCCAGCCACGGCAUCUGUGUAAAAGGAGAAUGUCACUGUUCUACUGGCUGGGGAGGAGUCAACUGUGAAACUCCACUUCCUAUAUGUCAAGAGCAGUGCUCAGGACAUGGGACUUUUCUUCUGGACACUGGAGUAUGCAGCUGUGAUCCCAAGUGGACAGGAUCUGACUGCUCAACAGAGCUCUGUACCAUGGAGUGUGGUAGCCAUGGAGUCUGCUCAAGGGGAAUUUGCCAAUGUGAAGAAGGCUGGGUAGGACCAACAUGUGAGGAACGCUCCUGUCAUUCUCACUGUGCUGAGCAUGGCCAAUGCAAAGAUGGGAAAUGUGAGUGUAGCCCUGGAUGGGAGGGCGACCACUGCACAAUUGCUCACUACUUAGAUGCUGUCCGAGAUGGCUGCCCAGGACUCUGCUUUGGAAAUGGACGAUGUACCCUGGAUCAAAAUGGUUGGCACUGUGUGUGUCAGGUGGGUUGGAGUGGGACAGGCUGCAAUGUUGUCAUGGAAAUGCUUUGUGGAGAUAACUUGGACAAUGAUGGAGAUGGUUUAACAGACUGCGUGGACCCUGAUUGUUGUCAACAAAGCAACUGUUAUGUAAGUCCUCUCUGUCAGGGUUCACCAGAUCCUCUUGACCUUAUUCAGCAAAGCCAACCCCUCUUCUCUCAGCAUACUUCAAGACUCUUCUAUGAUCGAAUCAAAUUCCUCAUUGGCAAGGACAGUACUCAUGUCAUUCCUCCAGAGAUCUCAUUCGACAGCAGGCGUGCCUGUGUGAUUCGAGGCCAAGUGGUGGCCGUAGAUGGAACCCCUUUAGUAGGGGUGAAUGUCAGUUUCUUGCACCACAGCGAUUAUGGAUUUACCAUCAGCCGGCAAGAUGGAAGCUUUGACCUUGUAGCCAUCGGCGGUAUCUCUGUCAUUUUAAUCUUUGACCGAUCACCUUUCCUGUCUGAGAAAAGGACACUCUGGUUGCCCUGGAAUCAGUUUAUUGUGGUGGAGAAAGUAAUCAUGCAGAGAGGUGUAUCAGACCCGCCAUCUUGCGAUAUCUCCAACUUUAUCAGCCCAAACCCUAUUGUGCUUCCUUCACCACUCACAUUAUUUGGAGGGUCCUGUCCAGAGAGGGGAACUAUUGUUCCUGAGCUGCAGGUUGUACAGGAGGAAAUCCCUAUUCCUUCCAGCUUUGUGAGGCUGAGUUACCUAAGCAGCCGCACCCCUGGGUAUAAAACCUUGCUACGGAUCCUUCUGACACAUUCAACAAUUCCUGUGGGGAUGAUAAAAGUACACCUCACCGUAGCUGUGGAAGGGCGACUCACACAGAAGUGGUUUCCUGCUGCAAUUAAUCUCGUUUACACAUUUGCCUGGAACAAGACCGACAUCUACGGACAGAAGGUUUGGGGACUGUCAGAGGCUUUGGUGUCUGUGGGAUAUGAAUAUGAGAUGUGCCCUGACUUUAUUCUCUGGGAGCAAAGGACGGUUGUUUUACAAGGUUUUGAAAUGGAUGCUUCUAACCUAGGAGGCUGGUCCUUGAAUAAGCAUCACAUUUUGAAUCCUCAAAGUGGAAUCAUACACAAAGGAAAUGGAGAAAAUAUGUUCAUUUCGCAGCAACCCCCAGUCAUUUCAACCAUAAUGGGUAAUGGACACCAAAGGAGUGUAGCCUGCACCAACUGCAAUGGCCCAGCCCACAACAACAAACUGUUUGCUCCUGUCGCCUUAGCUUCUGGCCCUGAUGGCAGUGUGUAUGUUGGUGACUUCAAUUUUGUAAGGCGAAUAUUUCCCUCAGGAAACUCCGUUAGUAUUUUGGAAUUAAGAAACAGAGAUACCAGACAUAGCACAAGUCCUGCUCACAAAUACUAUCUGGCUAUGGACCCUGUAUCUGAAUCACUCUAUCUGUCAGACACCAAUACACGAAAAGUCUACAAGUUGAAAUCUCUUGUGGAAACAAAAGAUCUGUCCAAGAAUUUUGAAGUGGUGGCAGGAACAGGUGAUCAGUGCCUUCCUUUUGACCAGAGUCACUGUGGAGAUGGUGGAAGAGCAUCAGAAGCUUCACUGAACAGCCCUCGAGGCAUCACAGUUGAUAAGCAUGGAUUCAUUUACUUUGUGGAUGGGACUAUGAUUCGCAGAAUUGAUGAGAAUGCUGUGAUCACAACUAUAAUCGGCUCAAACGGUCUGACUUCCACACAGCCACUGAGCUGUGACUCAGGAAUGGACAUCACUCAGGUGCGAUUAGAGUGGCCAACAGACCUUGCAGUCAAUCCCAUGGACAAUUCAUUAUAUGUCUUGGAUAACAACAUUGUGCUGCAAAUUUCUGAGAACAGGCGUGUGCGGAUCAUUGCAGGGCGCCCCAUUCACUGCCAGGUGCCAGGCAUAGAUCAUUUCUUGGUCAGCAAGGUAGCAAUUCACUCCACACUGGAGUCGGCGAGGGCCAUCAGCGUCUCCCACAGCGGGCUGCUCUUCAUAGCUGAAACAGACGAGAGGAAAGUAAACCGCAUUCAGCAAGUGACCACCAAUGGGGAGAUCUCCAUCAUCGCUGGUGCCCCCACUGACUGUGACUGCAAAAUUGAUCCCAACUGUGACUGUUUUUCAGGUGAUGGUGGCUAUGCCAAAGAUGCAAAGAUGAAAGCCCCUUCCUCCUUAGCAGUGUCACCUGAUGGUACCCUCUAUGUGGCAGACCUUGGGAACAUUCGAAUUCGUACCAUCAGCAGGAACCAAGCCCACUUGAAUGACAUGAACCUUUAUGAGAUUGCAUCACCUGCUGAUCAGGAACUGUACCAGUUCACUGUCAAUGGAACCCACCUACACACCCUGAACUUGAUAACGAGGGACUAUGUGUAUAACUUCACCUACAAUGCCGAAGGGGAGUUGGGCGCAAUUACCAGCAGCAAUGGCAACUCGGUGCACAUUCGCCGUGAUGCAGGCGGUAUGCCCCUUUGGCUUGUGGUGCCUGGUGGGCAGGUGUAUUGGCUGACCAUAAGCAGCAAUGGAGUCCUGAAGAGAGUGUCAGCCCAAGGCUAUAAUCUGGCCUUGAUGACAUAUCCUGGAAACACAGGACUUCUGGCUACCAAAAGUAAUGAAAAUGGUUGGACAACCGUUUACGAGUAUGACCCCGAGGGACAUCUGACCAAUGCAACACUUCCCACUGGAGAGGUCAGCAGCUUCCACAGUGACCUCGAGAAGCUGACAAAAGUGGAGCUAGAUACUUCCAACCGCGAAAAUGUCCUCAUGUCAACCAACUUGACAGCAACUAGUACCAUAUAUAUUUUAAAACAAGAAAACACUCAGAGUACCUAUCGGGUGAGUCCGGAUGGUUCCCUACGUGUCACCUUUGCCAGCGGGAUGGAGAUCAGUCUCAGCUCAGAGCCCCACAUCCUGGCGGGGGCAGUCAACCCCACCCUGGGGAAAUGCAACAUCUCAUUGCCUGGAGAACACAAUGCAAACCUCAUCGAGUGGCGGCAGAGGAAGGAGCAAAACAAAGGCAACAUUUCAGCUUUUGAAAGGAGGCUGAGGGCCCAUAAUAGAAACCUGCUCUCCAUAGACUUUGAUCAUAUCACCCGCACAGGAAAGAUCUAUGACGACCAUCGAAAAUUCACCCUUCGAAUUCUUUAUGACCAGACUGGGCGACCUGUUCUGUGGUCCCCCGUAAGCAGAUAUAAUGAAGUGAACAUCACAUAUUCACCUUCGGGAUUGGUGACAUUUAUUCAAAGAGGGACGUGGAAUGAAAAAAUGGAGUAUGACCAGAGUGGAAAAAUAAUUUCAAGAACUUGGGCUGAUGGGAAAAUUUGGAGCUAUACAUACUUAGAGAAGUCUGUGAUGCUUCUCUUACACAGCCAGCGGCGUUACAUCUUUGAGUAUGACCAGUCGGAUUGUCUGCUCUCAGUCACCAUGCCUAGUAUGGUGCGCCACAGCUUACAAACCAUGCUUUCGGUGGGCUAUUACCGGAACAUCUACACCCCACCAGACAGUAGCACUUCUUUUAUCCAAGACUAUAGUCGAGAUGGCCGACUGCUACAGACCCUGCAUCUGGGGACAGGCCGUAGAGUUUUAUAUAAGUACACCAAGCAAGCAAGGCUAUCUGAGAUUCUCUAUGAUACCACCCAGGUCACAUUAACAUACGAAGAGUCUUCUGGAGUGAUUAAGACAAUACACCUGAUGCAUGAUGGAUUCAUCUGUACAAUCAGAUACAGGCAAACAGGACCUCUUAUUGGACGCCAGAUUUUCAGAUUCAGUGAAGAAGGUCUUGUGAAUGCACGGUUUGACUACAGCUACAACAACUUCCGCGUCACCAGCAUGCAAGCUGUGAUCAAUGAGACCCCUUUGCCCAUAGAUCUAUACCGAUAUGUUGAUGUCUCUGGUAGAACAGAGCAGUUUGGAAAAUUCAGUGUAAUUAAUUACGAUUUAAAUCAGGUCAUAACUACUACAGUGAUGAAGCACACCAAGAUCUUCAGUGCCAAUGGACAAGUCAUUGAAGUCCAGUAUGAAAUCCUAAAGGCAAUUGCCUACUGGAUGACUAUUCAAUAUGAUAAUAUGGGCCGUAUGGUAAUAUGUGAUAUAAGAGUAGGAGUAGAUGCCAAUAUAACAAGGUAUUUCUAUGAAUACGAUGCUGAUGGGCAACUUCAAACUGUUUCUGUAAAUGACAAAACCCAGUGGCGUUAUAGUUAUGAUCUGAACGGAAACAUCAACCUCUUAAGCCAUGGGAAUAGUGCGCGUCUUACUCCUCUCCGAUAUGACCUCCGAGACCGCAUCACUAGACUAGGAGAAAUUCAGUAUAAAAUGGAUGAAGAUGGCUUUCUGAGGCAGAGGGGAAAUGACGUAUUUGAAUAUAAUUCUAAUGGUCUGCUGCAGAAAGCCUACAAUAAAGCUUCCGGCUGGUCUGUGCAGUAUUACUAUGAUGGGCUUGGGCGCCGUGUCGCCAGUAAGUCCAGCCUAGGGCAGCACCUUCAAUUCUUUUAUGCAGACCUUGCCAACCCCAUAAGAGUUACUCAUCUGUACAACCACACGAGCUCAGAGAUUACAUCUCUGUAUUAUGAUCUCCAAGGUCACCUUAUUGCCAUGGAGUUAAGCAGUGGUGAAGAAUAUUACGUAGCCUGUGAUAAUACAGGUACCCCACUAGCUGUGUUCAGCAGUCGAGGUCUGGUCAUAAAAGAGAUAUUGUACACACCUUAUGGCGAUAUUUAUCAUGACACUUACCCUGACUUUCAGGUCAUCAUUGGUUUUCAUGGAGGACUGUAUGACUUUCUAACUAAAUUAGUGCACCUGGGGCAAAGGGAUUAUGAUGUUGUUGCUGGUAGAUGGACAACGCCUAAUCAUCACAUAUGGAAACAGUUGAACCUCCUUCCUAAACCAUUCAACCUCUACUCCUUCGAAAAUAACUACCCAGUUGGCAAAAUUCAAGAUGUUGCAAAGUAUACCACAGACAUUGGAAGUUGGUUGGAGCUAUUUGGUUUCCAGUUACACAAUGUACUACCUGGAUUUCCCAAACCGGAAUUAGAAAAUUUGGAAUUAACUUAUGAGCUUCUACAGCUUCAGACAAAAACUCAAGAGUGGGAUCCUGGAAAGACUAUCCUGGGUAUUCAGUGUGAGCUCCAGAAACAGCUCAGAAAUUUCAUUUCCUUGGAUCAACUUCCUAUGACUCCCCGAAACAAUGACGGACAUUGCCUUGAAGGAGGGAAGCAACCAAGGUUUGCUGCUGUCCCUUCUGUUUUUGGAAAAGGUAUAAAAUUUGCCAUCAAGGAUGGCAUAGUAACAGCUGAUAUUAUAGGAGUAGCCAAUGAAGAUAGCAGGCGGCUUGCUGCCAUUCUCAAUAAUGCUCAUUACCUGGAAAACCUACAUUUUACCAUAGAGGGGAGGGACACUCACUACUUCAUUAAACUUGGGUCUCUGGAGGAGGACCUGGUGCUCAUCGGUAACACUGGGGGGAGGCGGAUUCUGGAGAAUGGUGUCAAUGUCACUGUGUCCCAGAUGACUUCUGUGUUGAAUGGAAGGACUAGACGGUUUGCAGAUAUUCAGCUCCAGCACGGGGCCCUGUGCUUCAACAUCCGAUAUGGGACAACUGUCGAAGAGGAAAAGAAUCAUGUGUUGGAGAUUGCCAGACAGCGCGCUGUGGCCCAGGCCUGGACUAAGGAACAAAGAAGGCUGCAAGAAGGGGAAGAGGGGAUUCGGGCAUGGACAGAGGGGGAAAAGCAGCAGCUUUUGAGCACUGGAAGGGUACAAGGUUAUGAUGGGUAUUUUGUUUUGUCUGUUGAGCAGUAUCUAGAACUUUCUGACAGUGCCAACAAUAUUCACUUUAUGAGACAGAGCGAAAUAGGCAGGAGGUAA